AUGCCGAGAGCGAAGACAGAGACGGGCGUCGAGCCAAAGAAACGAAGUCGCACAGGCUGCUGGCCGUGCAAGGCGCGCAAGGUCAAGUGUGGAGAGGAGAAGCCGGCGUGCUCGAAUUGCGUCAAGACCGGCGAGACAUGCGACUACAGCAUUCGGCUAAACUGGAGCGGCCGCAGCAAGAAGGACAAAGAUGGCACCCCGGGCGAGUCAGGAACCUUCACCUUCGUGACGACGCCCACAGCUGCAUCGCCGGCGAGAAGCAACGGGCAUGGCCACGAUCAUGUCUUCUCGUCGCAGCACCUUGCCACUGCGCCGCAGCCCAGGCCCCCGAGUAGUCGUCCCGUGGCAGCGCCAACACCUCCACCAAUGCAGCAAACAGUCCCACAGCCGAUGCCACAGCCGAUGCCUCACGCAAUGUCUCAGCCGAUGCCUCAGUCGACGCCUCAGCCAAUUGCUGUCAGCGAGAGCACUUCGCUGGAUCCGAGGCUGCGCAUGGUCGAGCAGUAUGCACGCUCGCCGGCCUUUCCGCCCAGCCCAUACCAACCUAUGGGCAGCGCCCACCAUUCACCAACCCUGACCGGACGAACAUCGCCAACUUCUAUGCCAACAGAGGAUGCAUUCAGUUGGUCGCCUCAGCAUCGUGCGAAGCGCGUCAAGUUGAACAGCCCUCCGUUGCAGCCGAGUCCGAUGUUUGCUGUGCCGCACUACCCAAGCCAUAUCGAGCAGUCGCCGGGAUCCACUCAUGUCACGCCUCAUAGCAUUAGCAGUAUCGUCAACACGCCCGCGACGCCAAGCUCAAGUGUCAACUCUGGCUCUCCGUACCCUGCGCAACCUGGUGCUCUUGGUGUGCAAGAUCCACCUGAUCUGCGAAGGCUAUCUGUGAAGUCCCUGCUGUCAGAUCCUACCGAGGACGAUCGGCCACGGUUCGCCAGAUCAGACAGCACAUCGUAUAGGACGUACGGCUACGAUCAUGGCUUCGCAGACCUUGACGUUCCUCGCAACGACGAUACAAAUGUGGUACUGCCACGUUCGCCUGAUUUGCGUCGAGCAAGCGCAGCUGUAUCGCAGAACAGCGCUUCCAGCGACGAAGCCGACACGGCACAGAUCGCUUUUGAGCCGGGCGGAUACUAUGCCCAGCCAGUGGCCAUCAGGAUUCCGCGUGCGCUGGAGCCUUUGCCUACGGAACUUCUGGAAAAUCAGAUGAACUUACUGUACUUUCACCACUUCAUCAACCACACGGGCCGCAUCAUGGUUCCUCACGAUUGCCCGGAAAAUCCAUUUCGAGGGGUGCUGCCUCAGAUGGCGGUGAAAAACACCUAUCUGCUGCACCUUAUGCUUGCCUUCUCAGCGUCCCAUCGCGCAAGAUUACUCGGACAUGCAGAACCUGCAAAUCGCAUCGCUCAGUGGAUGGCGGAUGUUCUUCCAGCACUGCGACAAGCUCUUAAUGAGCCAUCAUCGCCUGGAAUCGCUGACCCCAGAGAUCCCUCAUCGCUUGCUCCGCUUGCUACCGCAGUUAUGCUUGCGUCCCUUGAGAUUAUUUCACCACAUACAUUCACGGUCCGGAUCUCUUGGCAGCAGCACUUGGAAGUCGCGCGUCAGAUGAUCCUGGCGAAAGGUGGGCUGCAUCACCUGGCGCAAAAAGCAGACGGCGCGCGGGACAAGGCCAUCUUCUUUCUCUCACGCUGGUUCGCUUACCUGGAUGUCAUGGGCAGUCUGUCUAACCGACAGAUGCGACCUUUGUUCGGAGCGUACGACGAGGAUGGCGGCGGGCUGUGGCUGGUCAACCGCGAUGGUGAGGAGAUAUACCAGAUAGACUGCUUCUUCGGCUUCUCCGGCCGAUGCAUAGCACUGUUGGCUCAAGUCGCCGCCCUCGCUGCUGAGUGCGACAAUCAGCGCAUCGAUCCUGUCACGAACCAGAUCAAGGCUGGUUGGACACCGCCUGACGCCUUCAGGCACGAAGCCGAGGAGCUGGAGAAGAGACUCAAUGCCAGCGCAAACACCGUCUUCCGUGGCUGUAUGCAUACAGAUCCGACCUUCCCACAGUCGCCAAACGCCCAGGACGAGAAAGACUCGGCAGAAAUCUAUGCGACGAAUGAAGCAUUCCACUGGGCAGGCCUCAUCCACCUGUCCCGCCGAGUGCUUGCUCUUCCCACCUCACAUUGCCAAGUGCAGGACUCUGUGGAGAAGAUUAUCCGAUCGCUGCAACAAGUCCGGCGAGGCAGCACUGCGGAGUCGUGCCUCCUGUUUCCAAUGUUCACCGCUGGUUGUGAGGCACUUGUCGAGGAUCAACGCAUACUGUUCAUGGACCGGCUCAAAGAGGUGGAAGGCUGGGGCAUGCAGCAUGUCGGCCGUGCCCGUGCCUUGAUGCAGGAGGUGUGGGACACUGGCAGGCCUUGGGAGACGUUAGUCAAUGGCGAGUUCUUUGGGUGA